GCUCUCGUCCUUUCACAAAGGUAUACCACUAAAGGAUUAUAAAAUGUUCGCCAUAAUUAGACGUUGACGAUAAAUUCGGAAUUUUUACCUGCAGUGAAAAUACGAAUGGAAAAAGUUACUUCAGUAUUGCGUUUCUCACUUUUACAUAGUUCUAUUUGCACGAUACUCAUAUAAACUUAUACAAAAUAUCUUAUAUACACAUCUGACACAACAUUUUUAUAAAUGGAAAAUUGUGCUAUUAUUUUAAUAGUAAAUUUAAUUACAAUUGCCACUAUACUUCAAUUGCUUUAAUUAUAGUUAUAAUGACAGUUCUAAAAAAUUUCGCUAUUUAGCAUGACACUUGUUUCAGAAUCAUGUACUUUCCUUUGUUUGUUUGUUUUUGUUUGUUUUUUUCUGAAGAAGAGUUUGAAGUGGAAUUUAUGGUGGUUUACCUUUGCCUUUAUUUUGCAUAUCCUUCUACUCACCCGACAUAUCCAUGAAUUAAAAAGGUAGAACAAUCGCAAUAUUUCCCGUCCGCUUACUUCUGCUAAUGAUUAAGGUAAAGGUUUACAGAGAAUGAAAAACCUCGACAGACCUGCUGUUUAACCGUUUAGUAACUGCUAGUUUUGUUAUUUUUAUUCAUAUUUAAAUUUUAAAUAUUCCCCGGACCAACAACUUCUGAAUUGUUGGUUUUGUCCGCACUUUUUUUUGGUAAUGUGGAUUAAUUAAAAGGAGAUCGUACAGCUUUCAAGUUUAUUGUUCUAAUGUCAGACAGCUGUAAAAUCGUGUAGACAGGUUGUCAUACAACAAACAGGGCUUCGGUGAAUAGAAUCUAAUGCUAAACAUUUAACGUACAAUACACGAAACACGCAAAAAAAAUGGUCCCAGCCAAUGCUCAAACCACAUGCUCCAACUAGGAGGGGCUUGCUGCUCAAGUGGAAUGCCAAUCAAAGCAUCAACUUCAAAUUGUAUCUGAGAGAUCAGCUCAAGACCUAGGGGCAGACACAUCAGUUGGAGCUCAAUUGUUGAUCAGAUCACAUCCAACGGACUUGGAGCGAAAAACAGAGAACUGAGAUUUUAGAGGAGCGGAUUCAUUUCUGCUCCGUUCUUCAGUGCUUCAACACUUUCAAUUUGACUUCCUGAUUUUUUUUUUCUUCUUCACCCUGACUCUGCUGUAAGAUUGCGGUAGGAAAUGUCUUUUUCCCAGUUGGGCUACCCUCAGUAUUUAAGUGCCACCCAAGCGAUGUACGGAAGUGAUCGCCCGGGAGUGCUGGCUGCGUCUGCCCGCAGUGGAAGCUCCGAAAUUGGGGGAAAUCCGUCGGCUACAGCUGCUGCAGUCACAUCGAUGUUGGGCAUGUACGCCAACCCCUAUGCAGCGCACAACUACAGUGCAUUUCUGCCUUACACCAGUGCUGACUUGGCUCUGUUCUCUCAGAUGGGAUCCCAGUAUGAACUUAAAGAAAGCCCUGGCGUUCAUCCCGCUAGCUUCGCGGCUCAUACCAGCCCAGCCUUUUACCCAUAUGGCCAGUUCCAGUAUGGAGACCCUGCUAGACCCAAGAAUGCCACAAGGGAGAGCACCAGUACACUUAAAGCCUGGCUUAAUGAACACAGGAAAAACCCCUAUCCGACAAAAGGAGAAAAGAUAAUGUUGGCUAUAAUCACAAAGAUGACUCUCACACAAGUCUCCACCUGGUUUGCGAAUGCCAGGAGGAGACUCAAGAAGGAGAACAAGGUGACGUGGGGUGCGAGAAGCAAAGAAGAUGAAGACAGCAACAUAUUCGGCAGCGAUAACGAAGGUGACACGGAGAAGAACGAGGACGAGGAAGAAAUUGACUUGGAGAGCAUAGACAUUGAUAAAAUUGAUGAAAACGACGGAGAUCAGAGUAACGAGGACGACGAGGACAAAUCAGAGGGCCGGGACAGAGUAGAGCUGGACAGUAUGGAGAAGAGACGGGCAUUGGCCCUCCAAGCGUUUGAUAAAUCAAAAGACACGAUUUCCGUCGGCAAAAUGCCGUCUGAUAACAACAGCACUAGAGUACUUUCUCCCAGCGGACAGGGAAGUUUCCAGCUACCAGUAAACAAUAAGCCCAAAAUAUGGUCCUUAGCAGAGACAGCAACCAGCCCCGAUAGUUCCCAGAAAGCCACGUCACCCUCUGUCCCUGCCAGUCACGCUUCACCCCAGAUCCAGCACCCGGCUUUCCUCCCCAGCCAUGGACUGUACACAUGCCAGAUUGGAAAGUUCCACAACUGGACAAAUGGCGCUUUCCUCGGCCAAAAUUCCCUGCUGAACGUGAGGUCUUUUCUGGGAGUAAAUCAACAUCAUAAUCACCACCUCCAUACACAGCAACAGCCGACCUCGGUGGUUGUAUCAUCUGUAGCGGCACUCAGCAACGAAAAAGUCCCAGAGGAACUCAGUCCGAAGCACAUAGAGCGGGAAAGUGUGCAAAAGGCCGAAUCCCCGACACAGGCUUUAAAGUCAUCUUUCCGACCAGUUCAUGACAGUCCCAGGAAUCAGCAAGAGGCGUCGCAGCGAGUUCUAACGGCUCUUUCUUCAGCCUGAUCAAGACAUUUUUCGGGGGUGGGGUCUUGGGG